GUAAAUCUUCACCAGAGAUUGAAGGCGUUUUACUUGUCUCGACUCAAUGACACAAACUUGAGGGGAAGAGUUUAUAUCAAAUUAUCUGUGUUUUUUGAACAGCUGUCCUCAUAUCACCAUGCGUGCGGCAAAGUCGUCAUCAUUCUACCUUCCCCUUGUGGACAUCACUCCCUUCGUGAAGGACCCUAAAAGUGAUGCUGCGUGGCAGGUAGUCAACGACGUGCGGGAGGCAUGCCUCUCGACGGGUUUCUUCCAAAUGACAGGCCAUGGUGUCUCCCAGGAGCUUCAGUCGUCUGCCUUCAAAGCUGCUGCUCGGUUCUUCGCGCUCCCCCUCGAUGCCAAGCUGGCACUCGACGCAAAAAAGACCGUCGGUUUCCGUGGUUAUGACACCAUGGGCCAGCAGUUGUACGAGGGCGACGUGCUGCCCGACCUGAAGGAGGGAUUCUUCGCGGGGCAGGACAUGCCAUCCGAUGACCCCCGCGUCAAGGCGGGCCGCUUCUUCAUGGGACCGAAUGUCUGGCCGCCGGCUGAGCUGCUCGCCGCUCGUGACUUCCGCGAGCCCAUCGAGGCCUACUACAACGCGAUGCAACAGCUCUGCGGCGUCGUGCUCGACCUGGUCGCGGCCACACUACCAUACGGGCCCCACGUGUUUGACGGGAUCAAGUCCAACGACCCAGCAUGCCCGCUGCGCCUGCUCCACUACCCGCCCACCGUUGCGGCGACCGGUACCGGAAAGCGCCAACUGGGCAGCAGCGCGCACACUGACUUUGGCGCCAUCACUUUGCUGCUUCAAGACGACCAUGCCGGUCUUGAGGUCAAGGAUGUCGGCACGGGCGAGUGGGUCGGCGUGCCGCCCAAACGGGACGCGUACGUCGUCAAUAUGGGCGACAUGAUCAGCCGCAUCACAGGCGGCCUUUAUAAGAGCAGCAUCCACCGGGUCAUCAACAGGCAAAAGGAAGACAGAUACAGUAUCGUUUACUUCUUCGACGGUAAUAUCGAUUACAAACUUCGCCUGCUCGACGAGGCUUUCGGCAAAGACGGCCAGUCCGAGGCGGAGGCGGAUGAGGCGGCUCCAACAGUUGAGCAGCACAUGAUGGAGCGGACAAUGGCCUCAUACAAUAUGAAAGAUUCAAUUUAGAGUGAUGUGGCAAUACAGGGUUACUCGGUAUCUCAGAGGUCCAUGUAGAACGUCAGAAUAUUCUAUCUCAUCUCUAUACAUACAUUUUGCUUUUAAA